AUGAGUAGUCAAGAUCAUAUAUUGGAUGCAUCCAUUAUUAAGGAUUUAUCUAAUCAAAUUUAUGAGAAACGUAAAGCUACAGCAUUUCAAAUUGAAAGUUUAAUUAAACCAGCAGUUGCAAACAUUGAUAGUCAAACAAUAUAUAAAAUUAUAUUAGAAUUAACUGAACUUACUAAAGAUGGAACUACCAAUACUAAAAUGGGAGCCAUUACUGCAUUAGGAAGUGUUUCAAUUGCAUUAGGUACUCAUUUUAUAGCUUAUUUUUUAGAUGCAAUUAUAAAACCAAUAUUUUCAACUUUUAGAGAUACUGAUGGAAGAGUAAGAUAUUAUGCUUGUGAAUCUCUUUAUAAUAUUGCAAAAAUUGCUAGAGGAGAAAUUUUAUUAUAUUUUAAUGAAGUAUUUGAUAUAUUAUGUAUAUUAGUCACUGAUACAGAAUCAGCUGUUAAAAAUGCAGCUGAUAUUCUUGAUAGAUUAGUUAAAGAUAUUGUAAGUUCAAAAUCUACUGAAUAUGUAUCAAUAUUACAUCAAAGAGAUAAUUUAAGUGAUAUUAGAUCUCAUUUAGUUGAUGCUGAUGGAGUAGCUAUUCAAUUAAAUCAAGUUCAAGAUUCUGAAAAGGCAUUUUCUUUACCAAAAUUUUUACCAACUUUAUUAGAAAGAAUGUAUACAAUUGAUCCAUUUGCUAAAAAAUUCUUAAUUAGUUGGUUAGAAUUAUUUGAUGCAAUUCCUUCCUUGGAAUUAAUUACAUUCUUACCAAAUUUUUUAGAACCUUUAAUUAAAUUUAUAAGAAAUUCACCAUCUGAUGUAAGAUUAGAUACUGAAAAUAUAUUAAAUAUAUUCUUAAAGGAAAUAAAGACAAUUCAUAAGGUUAAAUUUAUAGUUAAAAGAAAUCAAUUAAUUAAGGAAAGAAAAAGAAAAUCAACUUUAAAAACAGUACAAGAAGAAACUACUCCUAAUAAUGAUCAUGAAAAAGCAGAAAUAACUGGAUCAAAUGAAGUGGAUGAUGAUGAAUCUAUCAGAUCAGAAAGUACAACUAUAAUUCAUAAAGCUACCGAAGAAAGUGAUGGAAAAACAGAAAUUAAUCGGGAUGAAGAGAAACAAGAAGAAGAAGAAGAAGAAGAAGAGUAUCUUAGUGGACAAGAUAUUUUUAUUGAUCACCAAAAAUUAAUUGAUAUUUUAUUAUCAUUUUUAAGAACUUCAGAUCGUAAAACUCAUAAUUAUAAAUGGAAUGAUUUAUCAGGUGAUUCUCAUGAUGUAUAUUUAGAAAUUCAAUUUAUUGCUUUGAAAUGGUUAGGUGAAAUUUUAGAGAUUUCACCUACUAGCUUUUUAAAAUUCUUACCCGAUUGUAUAGCAAUUAAUUUGGAAAGUAUAGCAAUUGCUGAUGAAAAUAAGGAUAUAGAUUUAAGAAAUUCAUUUCUUAAUUUCAAUUUAUCAUUGCAAGGAUUUUUAAUAAAAUUAAAUGGUGGUACAAAUAUAAAUUCUGAAGAUUUAACUACGGAAAUUGAUGAGAAUUUAAUUUAUGGAAUAAAUAAAGAUGUUUAUGAUGAAUUUGUUGAAGCUCAAUUACCUUCAAUAUUAGAAUCAAUUACUAAUGAAUUUUCAACCUCUCGCAAUGAAUUAGCUAGAAUAACUUCAUUAGAAUGGUUAAUAUUUUUAUAUUCUAAUUAUGAGGAUGGAUUUUUCAACUUUAUGGAAAAUGGAGUUCAUAAAUUUGAUUUAACUGAUUUAUUAAAAUCAUCAAAGGAAAAUAGUAAUGAAGUCAUUUAUAAAGUAUUGCAAUUGGCAUCUAGAAUUUCAGAAUCUAAUCAAGAUUUAUUCCGAGAUUUUGUUAUUAAAUUAGUUGCAUUUUUUGAACUGGAAUCAAAGGAUAGAGGAAGUACUCUGUCAGUAUCUCGAUCAAAAAUUGAAUUCAUUAUUAGGAAAUUAUGUUUAACAUUGAAUUCUGAAAAGAUAUUUAAAGCAAUUUCAGAAGUUUUAAUAUCUGUUGAUGAUAUUGAAUUUUUGAAUGGAAUGAUUGUUACUUUAAAUAAUAUUUUAUUAACUGCCCAAGAACUUGCAGCAUUUAGAAAGAAAUUAAAGAGUUUAGAUUCUUAUAAACCUGAAGAUUGGUCACUUUUUUCAACAUUAUUCCAAAGUUGGUGUCAUAAUGCUCCAAGUGCAUUAUCAUUAUGUUUAUUAAUAUCAAAUUAUGAAUUAUCUUACUUAAUAAUUAAAAAUAUAUCUGAAUUAGAAGUUACAUUCCAAUUAUUAACUCAAUUAGAUGUUCUAGUUCAAUUACUUGAAUCACCAAUAUUUAUGAAAUUAAGAUUACAAUUAUUAGAACCAGAAAGAUACCCUUACUUGUAUAAAACAUUGUAUGGUUUGUUAAUGAUUUUACCUCAAUCUUCAACUUUUAAUACACUUAAAAAUAGAUUAGGAUCAGUAGCUCAAGUUAAUAAUACUAAUAUUUUAAGUCAACCUUUAGGUACAGCAAUUUCACAAUCAGUAGUUGCAACACCAAGUGGUACUAGUUCAGGAACUGGAGGAGCAGUUACUAAUCAAUUAUCAAUGAGAAAGAAAAAAAUUUAUGAAAUGCUUGAAAAAUUCACCAAAGUUCAAGAUAUUCAUGAAGAAGUUAUUAUUGAAAAACGAUUGCGAGAAACAUCAUAUUUUAGAGAAACAUCAAAUGAAAAUAGUAGUAUUCAUACAAAUGCAACUAAUAGUAUAGCCUAUAACAAGAAUAAUACUAUUGGUGCUGAAAAUUCUAAUGGUAACUCCAAAAAGGAUUAUUUCUCGAACAAUGAUGAUAAUAAAAUAAUUAGUAAACGAUCAAGUAAUAGUAGAAUAGGAAUUAAUAGGUAAAUAGAUUUUAAUCCCCUCCCCUUCCCAU